CUGCCCCUCUCUGUGCGCCUCGGCUCCGCACAAAAAUACCUACGAGGUACCCAAUCAGGUACCGGGACAGGUGUCCUACCAUCGUAUUGCCAUUGGCGGGAGCCUUUUUUUUAUACCUCUUUUUAGGGGCUCCCCCCUCCCAUCCUAAACUACUCGCUCAGCAUGGUCCGCAUCAUCCCCGGACGCCUCAAGUCCAGCUCUUCCGUUGCCACCAGCCGUAGCAGUAGUCCGCUACGAACGAGCAACAGGAACAUAUCCAAAAUGCCGUCCGAAUUGGGCUCUAAAGACAACGGCCUGGCGCUGAAGGUUGUCAUUCUUAGGGCCCGUGAUCUAGCUGCCAAAGACAGAAGUGGAACCUCAGACCCGUUCUUGGUACUUACCCUUGGUGAUGCCCGAGUCGUCACCAACGAAGUCCCCAAGACCCUCAACCCCGAAUGGAACGUUAUUGAAGAAUUCCCGGUCAGCUCGCCUCAGUGCCUUCUCCUCGACGUAAUAUGCUGGGACAAGGACCGCUUCGGAAAAGACUACAUGGGCGAAUUCGACGUCGCCCUGGAAGAGAUAUUCGCCGACGAGAAACCCGAGCAGGAGCCCCGCUGGUAUCGUCUUAAGAGCAAACGCCCCGGCAAAAAGACCAGUGUCGUCUCCGGCGAGGUCCUUCUGCAGUUCACUCUGAUCGACCGAUCGAACCCUACUGCCACCCGGGAGCAGAUCUUUGAAAAAUUCUCCGCCCUUGUCACACAGGUGCCCGACGGCUCUGGCUCUGGCAAUGCGACGCCGCUCGCCACCCCCUCUCUCGCCCCGGUCAGAGCGCCAUUGAGCGAACAUGGCUCGCGAUCUCCGCCUCUUGUUCGUGAGACUACUCUGGACGAUGACGAUGACGACGAUGAGGAGGAUGACAUGGAUGGCGACUCGAGUCUUUCCGACGCCGAAGAUCCGACCAAGCCAGAGUCCAUCGAAAAAAGAAAGCGGCGUCUGAGGAUCAGGGGCCUCAAAAGGAGGAAGAACAAGGGCGGCAACUUGUACGAGUUCAAUAAUAACGGAAGCGAUGUCGUUGGCGUCAUCUAUCUCGAGAUCCAACAUAUUACCGACUUGCCCCCGGAGCCCAAUUCCACCCGUACGACGUUCGACAUGGACCCGUUUGUCGUUGCGUCCCUGGGCAAGAAGACGUACCGAACGAAACGCAUCCGCCACAAUCUGAACCCCGUCUUCAACGAAAAGAUGAUUUUCCACGUCCAGAGCCACGAGCAAUCCUACUCUUUUUCCUUCACCGUCAUCGACCACGACAAGUACUCCUCCAACGACUUCGUUGCCGACUGCACCCUUCCCAUCCGAGAGCUGAUCGACAACGCUCCCAAGGCAGAUCCGGAGACUGGUCUGUACCAGCUUCGCGAGCCGCCGGAGCAGUCUUCUGUCGCCCAGCGGCCGUCGCGUUUCCGCAAGCUCGGCAUGGCGCGGAGCUCCUCUUCCCAGAGCCUGAGCAAAAUCAUACGGCCGACCCUUUCGAAGACGGGCAGCUCCUCCUCGGGCAUCACUCAAGUCGCGAACACGAACCCAAGCACUCCUGCCGAGCCGCACUUGGCCAGCCAGGAAUACCUGAGCCCCGAGCACGCGGCCAUCGCAAGCGCCAGCGCUGAUUCGGCCAGCCCCGACGGCGACGAACUCCAGUUCAUCGAAUAUCAAAUACCUCUGAAAUUGAAGUACGCCCACAAAUGGGAGGGGAAGCACAGCCCGAUGCUCUAUCUCCGCGCGAGGUACGUCCCGUACGCGGCCCUGCGGCAACAAUUCUGGCGGUCUCUUCUGAAGCAGUAUGACACGGACGAGAGCGGCCGUAUCAGCAAGGUAGAGUUGACGACGAUGCUGGAUACUCUCGGCUCCACGUUGCGUGACUCAACCAUCGACAGCUUCUUCCAGCGUUUUCCUCACAAGGCGCACGGCGAGCCGGAUGAUGAUAUCCAUGACCUGACGAUGGAUGAAGCUGUCAUCUGCCUGGAGGACCAACUAGACGCCAAGAGCCGACCUCACUCCACUCUGGCCGAGAAAGUCAAGGGGGCUCUGCCAGAGGCCGACAGGGCCAAGAACAAGCUGCCGACGCUGCCGAUUGUGGGCGGCAAGGAGAGGCAGCAGCAAAGCGAAUCUUUUCAGGGCGUCAGUCUCGCGGACUCUGAUGCGGCCCUCACGUCCGAUUCGACCCUAGCGAUGCCCGAACUCAACACUCAUGGCGAGGAAGGAGACGUGCUGGACAGGGACGAUCUCGCAGCCGACCGCAGCGGGGAGGAGCAUGUGGUGGAGAUCAGAGAAUGUCCCAUCUGCCACCAACCCCGUCUCAACAAGCGCAGAGACGCCGAUAUUAUCACGCACAUUGCGACCUGCGCAAGCCAGGACUGGCGUCAGGUCAACAACUUAGUUAUGGGCGGGUUUGUCACGUCGAGCCAGGCACAGCGCAAAUGGUACUCCAAGGUCAUCACCAAGAUCUCAUACGGCGGCUACAAGCUCGGGGCCAACUCGGCCAACAUUCUCGUGCAGGACCGAAUUACGGGCCAGAUCAAUGAGGAGAAGAUGAGCGUCUACGUCAGGUUAGGCAUCCGGCUGUUGUACAAGGGUCUCAAGUCCAACAGCAUGGAAACAAAGAAGAUCCGCAAGUUACUGCGCAGCAUGAGCAUCAAGCAAGGCAAAAAGUACGACGACCCAGCCUCCAAGGCCGAGAUCCCCAAGUUUAUUGCAUUCCACCGUCUGGACUUGUCGGAAGUCCUCCGUCCCCUCGAGGAGUUCAAGAAUUUCAACGAGUUUUUCUAUCGGGCGCUAAAGCCCGAGGCUCGUCCUUGCUCGGCGCCCGACCACCCCGGCAUCGUGGUGUCCCCGGCCGAUUGCAGAAGCGUUGUCUUCAAUUCGGUAAACCAGGCCACUAAGAUCUGGGUCAAAGGUCGGGAAUUCUCCGUCAAACGCCUGCUGGGCGACGCGUAUCCCGAAGACGCCAAACGGUAUGAGAACGGUGCGGUGGGCAUCUUCCGUCUGGCGCCUCAGGACUACCAUCGCUUCCAUAUUCCCGUCGACGGAGUGCUGGACGAGCCAAAGCUGGUCGCGGGCGAGUACUACACCGUCAACCCGAUGGCAAUCCGGUCCGCCCUGGACGUGUACGGCGAGAACGUCAGGGUUCUGUGCCCUAUUGAUAGCGUGACGCACGGGCGCGUCAUGGUGAUCUGCGUGGGUGCCAUGAUGGUGGGAAGCACCGUGAUCACCCGCAAAGGCGGCGAGCAGGUCAAGCGGGCCGAGGAGUUGGGGUACUUCAAGUUUGGCGGCAGCACCAUCGUCGUUCUGUUUGAAGAAGGCAAGAUGCAGUUUGACGACGACCUGGUCGAAAAUUCCAACGGCGCCCUCGAGACACUGAUACGCGCGGGCAUGUCGAUCGGUCACUCGCUUGACGAGCCUCAAUGGACACCCGACAUGCGCAAAAACGAGGAAGACAUCACCGAAGCCGACAAGAAGGACGCCAAGCGCCGCAUUCAAGGUAGUGCUCUUGACGAAUCAUCGAGCGGCGACGACACG